AUUACUCUCUCUCUCUCGUUCUCUCUUUCUCUCUAUAAGUGUGGUCCUAGCUCUCUAUAUAACACCAUAUUUCUUCUCCUUCUUCCUUCUCCCUUUCUUUCGACAAGCACGAACAAUUAUACUUCCUUUCUAACCCACAAGCCAUCAAUACAAGUGAGCCCGCGUUCUUGGAUUCAUAUAUAAGAAUAUUUUAACAUAUUUCUCCAAAUCAAAAUGUCGUCUAGCAGAAGGUCGAGGCAAGCAAGCUCAUCAUCAAGAAUUAGCGAUGAUCAGAUCGCUGAUCUCAUCUCAAAGCUCGGGCAGUCCAUUCCGGAGAUUCGCCAGAACCGUCGUUCCAGCACGGUAUCAGCGUCGAAAGUGUUACAAGAGACUUGCAACUACAUAAGAAACUUGAACAAGGAAGCCGAUGACCUCAGUGAUCGAUUGACUCAGCUUUUGGACACCAUUGAUCCUAACAGCCCCCAAGCAGCCGUUAUUAGGAGCUUGAUUAAUGGAUAAUUAAUUAAGAGAUAUAUUGAGUAGUUGUCCUCUAUAUAUAUAUGUUUACAAUCUCGUUGAGAGGUUGCUCAAUCAGGGUGUUGCUUAAUUAUCUAUUAUAUAUAUGUUUCUUAUAUAUUAUAUAUUCACAAAUCAUAGCUAGCUAGGGUUCAUAUUUUGACCCUCUUUUUGUUUAACGUCA